CUGCCAUGGCUCUUGUAGAACUUGAGGCUGUCGGUAGUACUCAUACCUACCUACAGGCUUCCCCAUUUGCCAUGUCAUGAUCAUGUCGACAUAGGCCCUCUCCUCCCUAGACACGCAGACCAAAGAGAGAGAAGGGACGCAAUGGGACAAAAGCAGUCGCUGCCGGUAGAGGCAACAUUCUUCUGCCCGCAGACGGGCGUAGCCGUCGAGACGCCGCUAGGGCUCUGCACGGAGUGUCAAGCAGCGCAUGACCUGAUCUUGCAGUCCGUGACGGUGUGCCCGAACACGGGGUACCGGAUAUCGCAGACGACAUCACUCCGGCCACACAAGGAGUGCUCGUCGUGCUUCCAGGUACACCAGCCCUUCAGCAAGCGCGUCUAUAUUUGCCCAGUCACCGGCGCCCAGAUCCCUCACCCCCGUGACACGGGUGGUCGCUGCCAAAAGUGCUCCCGCAGCCACCAAGACAACUCCACGCCCACUAGCAGCCGCGAGGCCGUUGUUUCGAGGGGACUCAGAUGAUGGGCUGGCUGUUGACAAAGUAUCGGG